ACUGAUGGGACAAGCGUUAGUGUCUCCGUUCAUGUCAAUUUUUCAAAGUUUCACCGAAGAGAAACCCGCUAUCCAAAAGUGUCUGUGAACUGCGCACCUACAAAAAAAAAAGAGAGACAUUUAAGGAUGAAAAAGUUAGAAAUAUUCCGUCUCUUUCGGUUUCCUGACGUGACCCGUCAAAAGUACAGAGGAGGGAAAGUUACCGUCUGUAGUGACACCAGUUCAUUCACGUUAGCUGCUCAGAUGCACGGGGUGAGUGGGAGGGUCUGUGGCUGUGUCUGCACACACCACUUUACGCCACUUUACGCUCUGAAGUUGUAGCAGUGAGGAGGUAAUCGUUACAAGUGUGGAUUACUGUCAGCACCCGAGGUGACUGGACCGAUGAGAUGAUACUAAAACACCACAGCAGCCCUCUUCUGCUCACCGUCACCUGCAUGUGCUUCUCGGGAGGUUUGCUUUGGUCCUAUCAAGAGGAGGAUGCCAGUGACGGGGGAGAGUGCUCUGAAAAUAACAUUUCUACAACAAAGUACCCCUGCGUGAAGUCGACUGGCGAAGUUACAACGUGUUACAGAAAGAAAUGUUGCAAGGGCUUCAAGUUUGUGCUGGGCCAGUGCAUUCCUGAAGACUAUGAUGUAUGUGCUGGCGCCCCCUGUGAGCAACAGUGUACUGACCAUUUUGGUCGGGUGGUGUGCACCUGUUACCCCGGCUACCGCUAUGACCGUGAGCGCCACAGAAACAGAGAGAAGCCCUACUGUCUGGACAUCGAUGAAUGUGCAGACAAAAACAUGACUGUGUGCUCUCAGAUGUGCGUCAACUCUGUGGGGAGCUACAGGUGUGAGUGUGAGAAAGGCUAUUUCCUGGAAGAAGAUGGGAAAACAUGCACCAAGGGGGAGAGAGCAGUGCAUAUUUUUGAGAAAUCUGACAAUGUGAUGAAUGCUGGAACUUGCUCAGCCACAUGUGAUGAUUUCCUCCAGAUCAAGAUGUCUGUCCUGCAGCUUAAACAGAAGAUGGCCAUGCUGUCAAGCAGUGCUGAUGUCCCUGAGCAGAUGACCAGUGAGAAAAUCCUGACAUCUCCCAUAUUUCUACCAGGGCCCCCAGGUCUCCCUGGUCCUCCAGGAGAUCCAGGACCGAAGGGUCCUCCAGGACAUACAGGACUGUUGGGGUCACCUGGACCUCCUGGCCCCAGGGGCUUGAUGGGACCCAUUGGACCCACACCAGACCUGUCCCACAUCAAACGGGGCCCCCGAGGACCCGUGGGGCCUCCAGGAGCUCCAGGAAAAGACGGCUUAAAGGGCGAUAGAGGAGCUCCUGGGCCUGUCGGACCACCAGGUCCACCAGGAUCCUUUGAUUUCCUGCUACUGCUGAUGGCCGACAUCCGUAACGACAUCGCUGACCUGCAGAGCAAGGUGUACGGUCGGCCGAUGCACUCUCCAGGGGAGGAGUUUCCUGCGGUCCCUGACAGCUGGAGGGACAACCAGGACACUCUGGACACAGGCUCAGGUGAGGACUACAAGGAAUCUCUACCUCGAACAGGCGGAGGGUCCAAGAGGAACAGGAAGAGAAAACCAGUGCAAGAGAGAACAGACUUUGACUGGAAUAUUUAAAGAGGGCAGGUUUAAAUACUUAAUGUCAGGAGUAAAUAUUGAAGUGGUUUGUUUCUUUUAUUUAACUGUUUAAACAGAAUGUACUGUAUGCUUUUUCAUCACAGAUGUUUAUUUUUGUAAGAUAUAUGAGACUGAAUAUUUUUUAACAAAAUGAGUAGACUGUGCAAAUGCAUGUUUUUUUUUAUUUGAUAUUUUCAGAAACAUAUGGUUCUUUCACAGCACAUUAAACAAGUCUCUCAUGAAAGCAGUUUUUACCUCAUUACUUUAAGACAGUGUUUUAUUCAAUUUCACACAAUAGUGUACAAUAAAGUGAGACACCCAAUACCUUAGUGAUGAAUCAAUUGACAUUAUCAUUCAUAAAUUCACAAGGGGGAUUAACACACCACAAAUGUUGGAUUGAGGCAUUAAGAAUUUGCACUGUGACCAAGUCCUCAUCUGUGUGACAUCUUACUGUAAUUUCCAGUUGCUAUGGCAGCAAAGUAAUAACAGAAGAAGAUGGAAAGGAAUACUUUGCAUUGCUGCCUCACAUUAAUUUUUUUCUAAUUCAUAAUCACUGCUGUUGUCACACCCAUCGAUAAACAGCAGUAAUUUAUAAAGCUGCAACUAACAUUUGCAAUUUAUUAUCAAUUAGUAUGCUGAAUAUAUUUUCAGUUAGUCAAUUAUAUGGUCUGUGAAGUGUCAAAAAAUGUGUAAAACACACAAGCCAAUACAGAGACCUGACUAAUGUGAGUGUCAACCUAAUUUUAUCAGGCAGAUAAUGGUAUUCAUGUUUAGCAUCUGGAGUGACAAUAUGAAAAUGAACAGUGCAGUUGUCAGUUGUAAAGCAGGAUGAUGGAAAAGGAUUAUUAGGAUAUUUCAUAUGCUCAGUUAAGUCCUGAGCAGCGGAAAAUUGUCAGUUCGGAGCUUUAAUGGGUGGACAAAGUGAUGAUGCUGCCCAGUAAUUGUGAAGUCUGUUGUGUGUCUAAAUGAAGACAUCUAACUUCAUUUUAAGUUCAUGGACAAUAGUUGACUGAUAGUUCUCCACCAGAGGGAGACAAAGACAUUUACAAAAUGCAGGGUCACUUUACAUUAUCAAGUUCUUUACUCAGCAACUUUUUUCCUUUGUUUCGCCACAGCGGAUCAUCUGUUUCCAUCUCAGCUAAACCAUAAUACUGAGAAAUAAAUGGCUGAUUAAUGAAUCUCUAACUCAUUAGAAUAUGCUUAAUCAGUCUGAUAUUUCUUCUCGGCAGAAAACAAGAAAGCCUAAUGACAAUGUUACUAUUACACAGUGUAGAAGGACAACGUCCAAUAUAAGCACAAGAAAAAUUUUGAGUCACAUUAAAACCGGUCAAUAAAAUGGUAACACUUUAAGUCCCCCCUAUAGAAACAUUUUAAAAUGACUGAAAACACUGUACAAUGUAGUUGUAAGCAGAUAUGAGGAAAUUGUAAGUGUAUGGAUGUACAUGUAUUUAGCUAUUUAUUCUCCUAUAAAGAUAUAUUUUAUAAUACAACAGCUCUGUUUUAGUAUAUUAAGUAUAUUUUGUAUAUUCCCAGUUUUUAUGAGGACCCCCCCAAGGCCCCCCAGGAGGCCCCAGACCCCAAGUUGAGAACCACUGUUAUAAACCAUUUAUUAAAUGUUUUAAAUGUUAAAUAUUAUAAAAGUAAAGCAUUAAAUUAUAGUUGUUUGUCACGAUAAAGCAACUAUAAUUUAACACAUAAAUUACUUAUAUAACUUAAUAGUUAAUAUACUUUAAAAUGUGCUUUAAAAAGCAUGUUUAACAUUUAAAUCAUCUCUGGAAAAUUUUUAAAAGUAUGACACCAAUACAUAGUAAUGUCACUCUGGUUUACCCGCUUUUAACUAAAAUCCUGAAGGCUGUGAAGUCCUAUGAAGUCAUAGCUGGAAGAAACUGAACAUGCUUGGCCUCUGAAGUGAGAAUGAGGUUUUGGCAUUGUGCUUCCAGCUGGUUUUUGGACUUUUCUGAAGUCAUAAACGUUGUUGUUUCACCCCCUUUUUGUUCACCCUCGUCCUUUUUGCUCAUAACUCACAUUUUUAUCUUUCUCUGUCCUUUUAUUCGGAUGAAGGGAAACUGCAGAUAUAAUCUCGGGAGCUUGACCAAAACAAGAUGGUGUAAUAUUUAUUUUUAUGAAAAACAAGACCAUGCAAUAAAAUUCUAAACACUC